AUUGAAACUACAUUUUACCGUCUUUGGAUUAUGCCAAGAGAGUUUAAACAUGUCUCGGAGCAGUACAGCAAACCAAAGCCGUUACAGCACUCUGGAAAAACCCAGACGGUCUGGAAGAUACAGCAGCUCCAGCAACCGGAGCAGCUCUAGAGAAGUGCUGUGUGAUUUUUGUCUGGUUAAGAAGAACAAGGCAGUGAAGUCGUGUCUGACGUGCUUAACUUCAUUCUGUGAGACGCAUCUCCAGGCUCAUUAUGAGUAUCCGGCUCUCAUGAAGCACAAGCUGGUGGCGGCAACAGGGCAACUGCGUGAGAAGAUCUGUGCAGAACAUGAUAAACUCUUGGAGGUUUUCUGCCGUUCAGACCAAGUAUGCGUUUGUGUUUUGUGUAUCAUGGAGGAACACAAAAAACAUGAUAUUGUUUCAGCAGCAGCUGAGAGGACAGAAAAGCAGAAACAGCUUGGGGCAAAAUUGAUGGCUUCACAGCAGAAAAUUGAAGAAAGGAUAAAGAAAUGGCAAGAUCUCAGGCAGGCAGUGGCAUCCCUAAAACAUUCAUCUCAGAGUCUGCUGGAUGAAAAUGAACGUAUUUUUGCUGAACUGCUGAGGGCACUAGAGAGAAGGCAUGGAGAAGUAAAGGAGAUGAUCCGAGCCCAGGAAACCCUUCUGCUGACACGUGCGGAGGGACACCUGGCCAGGCUGGAGGAGGAGAUUACUUUACUGAGAAAAAAACACACUGACCUGGAGCAGCUGUCCCAAUCUGACGAUCAUAUCCAUUUCUUACAGAGCUGGCAGUCUCUUUCUGCUCCUUCUGGAUAUGAAGACUUGUCCAAGGUGACAUUAGCUCCUCACCACACUUUUGACGAUGCAAAGAAAGCCAUCUUUGACCUGAAAGUGCAGUUAGAAGACGUAAGCAAAGAAGAAGUGAACAAAAUCUCAUCAGCAGUGAAGGAGGUUAAAAUUCUCCAGACUGUGGAUCCCUCAAAAAGGGAGGAGUUCUUAGAAUAUUCCUGUCAGCUCACAAUGGAUACUUCAACAGCCCAUCCAAACCUACACUUGUCAGACAGAAACACAGUGGUACGGAUGAGCAACGAGCCAAAGUCGUACCCGGAACAUCCUGAUCGCUUUGAAUACUGGCAGCAGGUUCUGUGUAAGGAGGGUCUGGCCAGCGGUCGCUACUACUGGGAAGUGGACUGGAGUGGCUCAGAAAUAGACAUUGGUGUGACUUAUAGGGGGAUUCAGAGGAAAGGAAAUAGCAAUGCUGGCAGCUUUGGGGGGAAUGACAAGUCUUGGAGUUUGUACUGCUCUGAAUCCAAGUACUCUUUUGUACAUAACAGCAAAAGCACAACUAUACCUGUCCCCAAUUCCUCCAGGAUAGGGGUGUAUGUAGAUUACGAGGCUGGAAUAAUGGCAUUUUACAGUGUGUCUGACACCAUGAAGCUUUUGCACAAAGUUCAAGCUAGAUUUACUGAGCCCCUCUACCCUGGCCUUGGAGUCUGGGGAUACGGGACUACAGUACGACUGUAAUUAUAGAGUAAAAUUGGUUUGCUGAGUAUUGAUCAGAAUGUGGUUCACCAAUGUGUAGCUAUUGUAUCUCAUUGUAGUCACUUCAGUGAGAACAGGAAGUAAGCUUGCUUUUCCUCUUUGGGCAUCUAAAAUAUGAAUCACUGACACUCAUUCUGAUGUAUAGGCCUAUAUCCACCUUAUUUUUCAAUGCAGAAGUACUGUUUUAUGUUAAUGGGUGAGAUUUCUGGUUCAUAAGUCACCAUAGGGAAAUAACGAAAAGAAUAACAAAGUGCAGUAAACGGUAAAACUGUUUCCACUACAAAGUAGUGUGUUCAUAAUUAAGAUAACACAUUAAAAUAAUAUAGUAAGACACAGCAGUUUGCAAUAUUAAGCAGCAAAACGAGCUGUUUUGUACAGCUCAAAAUAGCUGGACGCGGAUGAGAACGAAGGACGCAGAUAAGAUGGGAAAAUAAGGUGGAUAUCAGUGGCUAUAUAACCAUAAAUUUUCACUUUCAGCAGUGGGUGAUCUUAAACAUAAGAAAACACUGAUACUUUUCAUGUGUAAUGCAUAAAUUAGCUUAUUGAUUUAUUUAGUUAUUUCUUGGUUCUGAAUAAUCUAGACCAACACUCUGGCCUGCAUCAUACACAAAGAAAGGCUAUGUUACACAAAAAAGUAAGAAUUCUAGAUAUAACGAUUUUUAUAUCUGACAAAUGAAGAAAACAUGUCAACUGUAAAUCUUUUUGUAUGUUGUGCUGCUAUGGUGUUGUGAUUCCAUUAUAAGUCACAAUAUAAUAUUUGUUUUAUUAAUGCAGGGGGAAAUACUUUAUUUUAUUACAGGUUUGAAAGGAUUUUAAUCAAA